UAGCAAUAUAUAAGAUUUCUUUGUUUAGGAAGACAUGAAGAGUUUAAGCUUGUACAAAUGGUAUUUGUUUGUUGCAAUUUUAAUUUUAUAUGUUGUUGGUGUGAGAUCCCAACUUUCUUCUGAUUUCUACUCGAAAACUUGCCCUAAACUUCUUCAAAUAGUUCGAAAAGAAGUUCAAAAUGCUAUCAAGUUCGAAAUGCGAAUGGCAGCCUCUUUACUGCGACUUCAUUUUCAUGAUUGCUUUGUCAAUGGUUGUGAUGGAUCUGUGCUGUUGGACGGAACUGAUGGUGAGAAGUUUGCUGUGGCCAACAGAAACUCAGCUAGAGGGUUUGAAGUUGUGGACUCAAUAAAAACUGCUGUCGAAAGUCAGUGCAGCGGCAUCGUUUCUUGUGCGGACAUACUCGCCAUAGCUGCCCGAGAUUCUGUCCUCCUGAGUGGAGGGCCUUCAUGGAAAGUUCUUCUUGGGAGAAGAGACGCGUUGAUAGGAAACCAGGCACAAGCAAAUAUUUCACUGCCUUCUCCGUUUGAAGGAUUGGAUGCAAUCAUUGCCAAGUUUGAUGCUGUUGGCCUCAACAUCACCGAUGUUGUCUCUUUAUCAGGUGGCCAUACAAUUGGUCAAGCAAAAUGCGCAACCUUCAGCAAUAGAUUAUACAACUUCUCUGGACCUGGAGUUCCUGAUGCUACGUUGGACACAUCUAUGUUAUCUGAUCUGCAAAACCUAUGUCCAGUAAAUGGUGAUGGAAACAAGACCACAGCUCUUGACCGGAACUCCACUGAUCUUUUCGACAACCAUUAUUUCCAGAAUUUGGUAAACAAUAAGGGACUCCUCGGUUCAGACCAAAUUCUAUUUUCAAGCGCUGAGGCUGUUUCAACAACCCUAAAUCUUGUUCAAAGUUACAGCAGUAACACCAAGCUUUUCUUUGAUGAUUUUGCUAAUUCUAUGAUCAAAAUGGGCAAUAUUAGUCCACUCACUGGGUCUAAUGGAGAGAUCAGAAAGAAUUGCAGAGUGGUUAACUCAUAGAUUGUUUUUUAUUUUACCAAAAUAAAGGUGGGUUUGAUAAUUAAAGAAUAGUUGAAAGUUGUAUACUUGUGAAUUCUGAGUCAUCAGGCACUAGGUCUCUUGUUUUUAUAAUCCAAUACUGUUAGUGUU